AUGUCACCACCGUUUAAAGAGGCCACGCAUUCGGGCUACGACCAGGAAGUGGUCUGUGUCGAGGCCUACACCGCGAUUGGAAUAGAAUUAUUAGUAACUAUUAGUAACUACGGAGUAGUUCUAGUCGUCUUUCCUCCAAGUGACAAAGCCUGCUUCAAAAUUCCUCCAGCUGCGAUAAACGAAGGAUCUUCUCUCCGUACUGCUAAUUGGUGGUCGGAGAUGUUGGCCGCCGCGGUCGAGACGGGCGAAGUGUUCGCGCUGCUGGAGGCGCGCGACACGCUCGACAACUUCGCCGUGCUGUACAACAGCGUCCGCGAACCCUGGCUCACGCGCGCGCUGCUCAUGUACCACGCGCGCACCGGUUCGGCGCGCGCGCUCGACCUGCUGGCGCGCGCGCCCGACGCGCACGCGCUGCACCUGCUGGACGCGCUGCUGGAGCAGCUGCGCGGCGAGCGCGCCGCGCGCCGCCACGCCCUGGCCGCGCUGGCGCCGCUCGUGGCGCGCCGCCCGCCCUGGCUGCACCGCCUGCCCACCUCGCUGGCGCGCGACCUGCUGCGCGCGGCCCGCCAGGAGCGCGAGGCGCUGCCGCUGCUGCACGCGCUGCUGGCGCUGGCCGCGCUCGUGCCCGCCGUGCCCGCGCUGGCGGCGCCGCACUGGCCCGACCUGGCCGAGGCGCUGCUGCGGCCCGCCGCGCUCGAGCCGCCGCCGCCGCCCGCCGCCCGAGACCACCUGCAGCUGGCGCAGCUGGCCCUGUUCCACGCGCUGUACGCCACGCACCCCUGCACGCUGCUGGAGACGCUGCGCGCCGAGUGCGCCGCGCCCGGCAAGCGCGAGGUGUGGGAGCGCGGCCUGGCGCCGCUGCUGCGCUCCGUGCGCCUGCACCCCGCGCUCGUGACGGGCUCGCGCCUGCGCGAGGCGGACGCGGCGCGCUGGGCGCACGUCGAGAUCCACGACGUGCUGGCCGAGACGCGCCGGCUGUCCAUGCGCGUGCGCGACCGGCCCGACGAGCGCGCCCCGCCGGGCCCCGCGCACCCCGGGCCCGCCCCGCCCGCGUCCCCGGCGCCCGGCAGCGGCGCGCACGCCACGCGCGCCGCCGCGGCGCUGCGGCCCGGCGCCGAGCCGUGGUUCGCGCUCGAGAACCGCUGCGGGGCCGACUCCGCGCCCAACACGCCGCUCCCGGCCGACGUCGACGCCGCGGAGCCCCCGGAGGCCGCCAUCGAGGCCACCCCGGAGAACACGCCGGCGAAGGAGACCCGGGCGCAGUUCCGAUUUCCGACGGAGUCCGCCGCGGUCCGCGCGAUCGGCCGCCGCUCCCAGCCGCCCUCGCCGCUGCGCAAGGAGACCUCCCCGCCCGCCGUAGUCGGGGGCGCCUCCGAGGGAUACGCGGGGCGCCUCGCGCGCGUGGCUCUCGAGAGGCGCGCCGCGGAGUCGCCGGUGCCGUUCGGCGGCGGCCCGCCCCCCGCCGGGGCGGUGGCGCGCCCGCAGCCCAGCCGCGCCGCGCCGGCCGCCGACUGCGAGCCGCUCAACGUCGUGGGGACCAGCACCGAGGACCGCGAGGUGCGCGAGCUCACGGAGCGCGCGCGGCCCGAGCGCGCCUGGCCCUCCGCGCCCACGCGCGCCCCCGUGAUGCGCGACCCGCGCGCCCGCGAGCGCGGGGCGGGCGGCGCGCGCGGGGCGGGGGCGGGGGCGGGCGGGGCGCCCGCGCGCCGCGCCGCGUCGUGCAGCGCGCGCGGGCGCGGCGCGCGCACGGCCGACGCCGCCGUGCAGACGCUCGACGUGUGGCCCGCGCCCUACGAGUUCCUCAUCGCCGAUUUCUACCGCAGUCUGCCCUCCGAGGAACGCAAACAGGCGGACGACCCGACCCAGCCGUGCGAGCGGCUCGACCGCUACCUGACCGAGCUGUACUCCGGCCGCGUGGCCGCCGCGCCCGACGAGCUGGCCGAGCAGCUGGCGCUCGUGCACGCGCAGCUCAUGUACGAGCGCUGGCGCCGCGAGGCGCACGCCGAGCGCAACCGGCGCCUGCUGGGCCGCUGCCGCGAGGCGCGCGCGCUCGAGCUGCAGAACGCGGCGCUGCGCGAGCGCCUGCGCGCCGCCCAGCUGGAGCGCGACCAGCUGCUGGCGCGCCGCGCGCCCGCCCCGCCGCCGCCCGCCGCCUCCGAGCGCGAGCUGCGCCUCGAGGCCGCGCUCGCCGAGGAGAGCGCCGCGCGCCUGCGCGCCGAGGCCGCGCUGCACGAGGCCGAGGCGCUGCGCGCCGCCGACGCCGCCGAGCUGCGGCGCACGCGCGGCGAGUCCUUCGAGGCGGCGCGCCACGUGGAGGCGCUGGCGCGCGCCGCGCUGGCCGCCGAGCGCCGCGCCGAGCACGUGCGCCGCCUGCGCCGCGAGCUGCUCGUGCUGGCCGAGCGCGAGGCGCGCCUGGGCGGCGCCGUGCGCGAGGCGCGCGCCGCCGCCGCGGGCGCCGAGGCCGAGCGCGCCGCCGCCGAGGAGCGCGCGCUGCGGGCGGCGCUGGCGCGCGCGGAGGCCGAGGCCGAGGGCGCCGCGGCGCGCGCCGACGCCGCCUCGCUGCGCGCGCACGAGCUGGAGGCGGCGCUGGGCGCGCGCGACGCGGCCGUGGCCGAGCUGCGGCGCGCGGCGCGCCAGGCCGCCGAGGAGCACGCGGCGCGCCUGGGCGCCGUGCAGGACAAGUGCGCGGCGCUGGCGCGGCUGGUGCGCGCCGUGGAGGGCCGGCGGCUGCAGUGGCGCGCCGGCGCGGCGGGGGCGGCGCCCGCGCCGGCGGCGGCCGGCCGCGCGGGGCCCCCGGCGCUGCAGGAGUGCAGCCGCGUGCGCGUGCUGCUGGAGCGCGACGACGCGGACGUGGCCGGCGCGGCGGACGCGGCCGACGGGACCGGCGCGGCCGGCGCCGACGCGGCGGAGCGCAGCUAA